ACGAAACGAGAUGUCCACCGCAGCCACAACAACCACAUCGAUUGAGGGCUACAAGCUCGGAAAGGUCAUCAUCGAGGGCAAAACCAAGCAGGUGUACGAUCUGCCCGAACAGCCGGGACUUUGCCUGCUCCUCAGCAAGGAUCGCAUCACCGCGGGCGAUGGAGUCAAGGCCCACGAUCUGGCGGGCAAGGCGGAGAUCUCCAAUACCACCAAUGGUCAGGUCUUUCGAUUGCUCAACGAGGCCGGAAUACGCACCGCGUAUGUGAAGCAGUGCGGCUCGAAGGCCUUCAUCGCCCGCAAGUGCCAGAUGAUACCCAUUGAGUGGGUGACGCGUCGCCUGGCCACCGGAUCGUUCCUCAAGCGCAAUGUCGGCGUGCCCGAGGGCUACAGAUUCUCCCCGCCGAAACAGGAGACCUUCUUCAAGGACGACGCCAACCACGAUCCCCAGUGGAGCGAGGAGCAGAUCGUCUCGGCCAAGUUCGAGCUGAAUGGCCUGGUGAUUGGCCAGGAUGAGGUGGACAUCAUGCGCAGGACCACACUGCUGGUCUUCGAGAUUCUCGAGCGGGCGUGGCAGACCAAGAACUGCGCCCUCAUCGACAUGAAGGUGGAGUUCGGAAUCUGUGACGAUGGCAACAUUGUUCUGGCCGACAUCAUUGACUCCGAUUCGUGGCGCCUUUGGCCGGCCGGCGAUAAGCGACUGAUGGUGGACAAGCAGGUGUAUCGCAAUCUGGCCUCGGUGACGGCCAGCGAUUUGGACACGGUGAAGAGGAAUUUCAUUUGGGUGGCCGAACAGCUGGCCGAUAUUGUGCCAAAGAAGGAUCAUCUGGUUGUGGUCCUGAUGGGCAGUGCCUCGGAUACUUCGCACAGCGAAAAGAUAGCCACCAGCUGUCGAUCGCUGGGCCUCAACGUCGAGCUCCGAGUGAGUUCGGCCCACAAGGGACCCGAGGAAACCCUGCGCAUUGUCCGCGAAUACGAGUCGGUGAUGAGCAACCUGAUCUUCGUGGCCGUCGCCGGGCGUUCCAAUGGACUGGGUCCCGUCGUCUCCGGCAGCACCAACUAUCCGGUGAUCAACUGUCCGCCUGUCAAGUCGGACAACAUGCAGGUGGAUGUGUGGUCCAGCCUGAAUUUGCCAUCGGGCCUGGGCUGUGCCACCGUUCUCUAUCCGGAGGCGGCUGCCCUGCAUGCGGCCACCAUUCUGGGACUGGGCAACUUCAUGGUCUGGUCGAAGCUGCGCGUCAAGGCGCUGAACAACUUUAUCACCCUCAAGAAGGCCGACAAGGAGCUGCGCGGCGUGCGAAACGCUUAGAUGAAGAAAGGGGGCCAUAAAGAGUAUCCUUGAAAGAUCAUC